GCACAGAGAUUUGUAAGGUUGGCCCCGCUGCAUUCAAAGCUUGGACUUGUUGUUAAAUUCUGUGUGAGGUCUACAUAUGUCGGACAGAGACACUGCAUCAUUGCUCAAAUUCACGGAGAAUGUGCUUCAAGAUUAUCGCAGUCUUAUUUCAGAAACAAAGCGGAGAUUUGUUCCUAUUAAAGAAGCAACUGAAUCACAAAUUCCUAAAUUAAGAGCUAUCAUAAACAGUGACACUGAACUCCGUGGAGCCUUACAGGGAUCGUGCAGCUCUCUAAUUUCUCCAUUUUUAAAUGGUUGCCUUUCGAAAAACCAGAAGAUAAUAGUAUUGUGUCUAACGGCACUUCAGCGUUUCAUCAAUCAUAGGUGUUUAUCAGAGGAUGCCUCUGAAGCUAUCGUUAGUACACUUUGGCAGCUUGCGGAGUCGAAUAUAGAGGAAUUACGCCUACUUCAGACGACCAUAUUGCUUCUCACAAGCUCAUCCUUGAUACGUGGACCUCAACUUGCGAAAGCCUUCACCAUUUGUUUGAAGCUUCAUCUUUCGAAGUCACCUUCCACUGUAAACACAGCAGCAGCAGCUGUUCGCCAAUGUGCAAGUGCUAUUUUUGACCGUGUGUUCAAGGAAGAGUUGAUCAUACAACCUACGGAUUCCAGUAAACAAAAAGCUACACCCGGAGUCGACGAUAUUCUUCCUGUUAACCCUCUGGACUUGAAGUCCUCUGAAAGGGAUGCCUAUAUGCUUUUUCAGGAUAUUUGCCUACUAAUAAGUGACGAUACAUGUAUUUGGUUGUGUGGCACAAUACAGAUAAAUAAAGUCCUGGGUCUGGAGCUAGUUGAAUCGCUUAUCUUUUCCUAUCCUAGUUUAUUUUGUCAGCAUCCUGCUUUUGCAUAUUUACUGAAAACGAAUUUAUGCCCACUGGUUAUAAAAUUAUUUUCUCCAAGUUUAAAAUUGCACUUAACUCCAUUGGCUACGUCUGGUGGUGGGGGGAUAACAGAUGUCGCCUCAGCUGCGUUCGCUGCUGCAACGGCUGCAUUAACUAGUGUCAGUGGAGUGACAUCAUCGUUGUCAUCACUAUCAUCACCGUCUGGUGUUUCGAAUGACGUGAUGAAUAGUGAAAAACCGAAUUUCGCAUUGUUUGUUCGUUUGAAACGUUUGGUCAUUGUCAUCGUCAAUCAUUACUUCCAUCUUUUGAAUACAGAAUGUGAAAUCUAUCUCUCGUUGCUUAUACGAUUUUUGGAUGUGAAUAAGUUAUUGUGGCAACGUGCAUUGGCAUUAGAAGUUCUAUUUAAAAUUGUGGAACAACCUGAAUUAGUUAAGCAUAUUUGUAUUUCAUACGAUAUGAGACAGCAUGCAACAAAAAUAUUUCAUGAGCUUUUAAAUGCUUUCGGACAGUACAUACAAACAUCUUUAGCCAAUCCAUGUCCAGGUGAUGAACUAUCUAAAGAUAAUGCUAAUCAAACACCGAAUCAAACGGUUCAUGUUGGAGGUAUCAAUCAAUCCAUGUUAUAUUAUAAAGGGAGUUAUUUUCCAAUCAAUAUACAAUCAAAAGGAAUGCUUCUUGAGAUGCUUGAUCGCAAUGAAGCACCAAUUUUACCUGAUGGUUAUUGCCUUUCAUUGGCUUUAGUAUGUCUACGUAAAACAGUGGACUCACUAAAGGUCAUCAUCAAUGCUAAUGUUCCUGAAAUUAUUAAUCAUGGUGAUGAUGACAUUAAUAAUAACAAUGAAGAUAAUACAUCAAAAAAAUAUGAUAUUGUGUUUUGCAAACAAAUUGUAUCUAAUUCAUGGUGCAGUAUAUUAUCCACGCUCAGUUUAUUACUUGAAUCAAGUGCUGAUCAUCACAUAACAUCAGGUCUUCUUCAGUCUUUGCAAAUUAUGAUUGAAUUAAGCGGAAAGUUACAGUUGGAUGAAUCUCGAGAUGCUUUCUCUAUAACUAUGUGUAGAGCUGCACUGCCGUCUUCAUUUGGACGUUCUUUAUUGGCAACACAUUCUAAAAAUUGUUCGGUAAUAUCUCAGUUAUCUCCUAAUUUCAAUGGUGCAAAUAAUCAUGAUGAUAUAUUUGAACGUAGUGGAAUUGCUUUAGUGAUUUCUCAAGGUCCUGGCCAUACUGUUCAUAUUAAUCCACCUACAAAUAUCUCAUCUAUUCUUCAAAACAUAUCAAGUCAGACUACACCUACUGGACAUGUUCAAAGUGGAUCCGGAUCCACUGGAAAUACAGAUUCUUUGUCAUCUGGAAAUAUACUACUUACUAUUAAACAUUUACAAGCAGCUUCUGCUGUUUUAACAACUGCUCAUGCACACGGUGAUGUUUUAGAUUCAUCAUGGAUUAUAUUUCUAACUACAAUGCAGCAUUUAGUUUGGAUGUUGAACUUGAAAAUUGAACCAUCGGCUAAAUUAUUUUUCAAACCUGUUCAAGAAUCAUGCACAACUCAUACAACAAAGGAAAAUGUUAAUUCAUCAAGUGAUACAAUAAAUGAAAAUGCUGAUACUGGAACUACCAGUACUAAUAUUACUACUGGUGUUGCUACUACUAGUACUACUAUUACUACUAAUAAUAAUCAAGUUCCUACACAAAAUAUCUCUAUGACAACACUUUUCUCAGUGACAUCUGAAUUAACAUCAUUAUCAUCAAUGCUUACACAAAUUUUUAUUCAGUCCAGCGAUUUGAGUGUAGAUGCUCUACACAGUUUUAUCUCAGCACUUUGUCGUCUUUCAUCAGAUGCAUUAGAAGCAGUGAAAAACAAUCGAGAACCAAGUCAGUUUCCUAUUGCUAAACUAACAGAGAUUGGAUUAGUUAACGUGCAUCGAUUGGAUUUAUGGUGGAAAAUUAUAUCAAAUCAACUGUUAACUGUGUGUAAUUGCACUCAUGCCACUCUCCGUCAGUUAUCUUCAAGCUGUUUGACCAGUUUAAUCAGACAAGCAAUUGCUGCUCCACAGAAUCCUCCUUUUUGGCAAAAUGAAGCAUUAAAUAUUCAAGUACUUGAUCCAUUAACGGAUUUAUCUGAUCGCAUUAUAUAUGAUGAUGUACGAGAAGAACAAUUAAAAUGUGUUCAACAAUUAUUACAUUGUUGGGGUGAACAAGUACGAUACAGUUGGCUUAGAUUAAUUAAAAUUAUUGGAGUUAUAAGAGAAAGUUACAAAAUAGACUUGAUCCAGACAUCAUUUAAAUGCUUCAAAUUGAUUGUUACAGAUUAUUUAUCCACUUUGCCGUCGGAUUGCUAUUUAGCGUGUGUCGAAACUGCAGCAAGUUUUGGACAUCAAAAACAAGACUUAAAUAUUGCUUUAUCAGCUAUUGGGUCCUUACUUCAUUUAGCUGAUUUUUUUGUGGAACAAAAAAAUAUUCCACUUGUAGUAUCAGAUUCAAUUAAUUCUUCAAUUGAUUUAAAAGAAUUAUGGAUUUGUGUAUUUCAUAAAUUGGCUGAUUUGUGCUUAGAUCGUAGACCAGCAAUUCGAAAAUCUGCAUGUCAAACAUUAUUUAAUACAAUUGAAUGUCAUAGUGAACAAUUUGAUGAAGAUACAUGGUCUAAUUUGCUAUGGAAAAUAUUGUUCCCUUUGUUAUCGAAGGUGCAUAAUUUAUAUCAAAGUGCACCUGUUGAAAAAGUUGGCGAUAGACCAAAUAGUUUAUUAAUUCAUCAUAGUCGUGAUACUGCAUCAAAACAAUGGGCUGAAACAGUUGUAUUAACGUUAACUGGUGUAUCACAUUGUUUUAUAUCAAAACAAUCUCAUUUGUUAACACUUAGUGAUUUUAUAAAAUGUUGGCAGAUAUUACUUGAUUAUUUGAAAGUGACUGCUUAUAUGGAUAGUGGAGAAAUUUCAUUAGCUUCAUUAAAUUGUAUGCAAAUUUUACUUGAUAUACAACUCCCUUCUUAUCCUACACCAUCCUCAUCUUCAUCUACAACACCAUUGCUAACAUCAAAAUUGAUUUGGUCUGCCUAUUGGGAAACUUGGUUACAAAUUGGAAAACGAGCGAUAGCGUUUGCUCAGUCUAAUAAUAGUGAUAACACUUUUCCACUUACUACAAAUUUAUCUGUAAACUCUUCUGAUUCUCAAUAUAUUAGUGACAACAGUAAUAGAAUUGUAACGGUUAAUGAAAGUGGUGAAAAGAUUUGUUAUCCUCCAUUUAUAUACUUGCCAAGUAUAUCAUUUAUCACAUUAUACUUUGAUUUAUUCAUACCAAUAUUUAAUUAUAUUAAAGAAGAUUUUCAUCUGAAAGAUUUCGAUCGAUUAGCUGAAUUAUUACAAAUUGGUGUAUUAAUUCCAUUGUAUAUUAAUUAUUUAUUUCCAACCGUUUCAACUACAACUAUCAUGACUACACUAUUAUCAACAACACCUUCAAUGAUAAUUGAUGAUGGUGCAUUGAAUUCGUUACAAGAGGCUGUAUUACGUUGUUUAAAUUGUCUUGUACAGAAUUUUGGUUCUGAUCAAAAUAAGGACGAAAAUAGUAAUAAUAAGAAUAAUAGUAACAUAACUAACAGUCGUUCCUCUUCAAUACUUCCACGUGUAUUACAAUUGCUGCUCACUAUAGCUGGUUAUGCUGUUCGAAUUCCUAAACCACAUCAUUCGGACAAUCAUCGACUUGAUGUUGUUCCGCUCAAUUAUAUUGUAUUUGCUGAAAAAUCUUUAUUAAUCGCUGUGGAUUUAUAUCAAACAACUGUUACAUGGCCUGAAAUGUGCAGUGUUGAAAUACUUGACUCUAUAAUCAAAACAUUACAUCAACCAAUGGCAUUGAAAUAUGCUUGUCCAUCACAGACUACCUGGUUACUUGCAUGUCGUUGCUUUUUUCAAGUGAUUACUGCUGGUAUUAUUGUAUUGUCGAACAAACCAAUGAAUAUGUCCAAAACUUAUAAUUCCAAUAAAAAAGACUCUAUUCCCUGUAGCGGUGGUGUGAUAUCUUCAAAUCAUGAUUUAUGUAAACAUAUUGUGGACGCUAUUCAAGAUUUUCUUUUUUGUCAAAAUGAACCACCAUCAUCCUUAUCAACUGAAGAGUUCCAACUACACGAAGAAUUAGAUUGUAAAUUCGUAGAUUUAAUCAGCGAUUUAUUCCUGUCGAAUCCUGCGCAAUUGCCAGAAUUCUUCAUCAGUCGUCUAAUUAAUUUACUCAGCCUGGGUUCUGUACAGUCGGCUAUUCCAGUCAGUACAACAGUUAAUGAAGAUGUUAAUAAUUGUAAUAACAGCAGUGAAGAUUUUAAUACGAAUGGAUUAUAUCACCAUAAUUCCAUCGAUCACCAUUCUAGUGUAUCUCACAGUGGAAUAAAUUUUUCUAAAGGUCUAGGUCGAGCUGUUCGUCAAAUGAGUUUGGUUACCUCACUACCUCAUGAUGAACUUAUGAACGAAUCUUUGGGGUGGGACAUUGAUCUUGAUCGUUUGAGACGGUUAACGUUUCGUGAAAAUUUCGCUCGUUUAUGUUUUGGAAAAUUAUUGUCACAUGCCUUUUCAGCUCCUUCAGACGUACGAUUAUCGUCAACCAUAUCGACACCAGUUUUGUUAGAGAACGGUCAUGUUGGAAAUAACAAUGGCUAUAAAAUUGGUCCAUCAAGUACAAAUUUUUCACUGAUGGUUAGUAAAACAGCUGUACGCAGUAUCCUGCAAAGAUGUCGUUCUGUAUUGCUUAAGUUUUAUCAGUCGUCGCGAUUGAUUGGAAAAUGUCCACUACCUCGACAGCAAGAACAAAGAUUGGUGCAGAAUAAUAUGAAUUCACUUUGUUUCGUUAGUUCCCCAUCAGCUGCUUACAAUCUAAAAUAUCUGAAAAUCAACAUUACAGGUAUUGACAUACUUACACAUAAGAGGUUGAUUAAAGAUGAAUAUAUGUAUCACGAUGUAGCGAAGAUUUCAAUAGAGUUAAUAAGGUCAUGAAAAAUUUUGUUUCGGAUAAAUAAAGUUUGGGAGGGAAAGUUCCAGAACAUUGAAUUAGUGACUAGAACUCACGAAUUUAACAAACAUUAGGUGAUUAUGUAAUGAAGCAACUGAUAAUAGAUUAAUGGUAAUAAAGGAAAAUAUGAAUUGAAAUCAGCCAGUUAUGAAUUGAUGAAAAAUGACAAUGAUAUAAUUGAAACUUCAAAAUAAUGGAUGGCGUAAUAAAUGUAAAGAGUAUAAUGUUACCAGGGUAAAGAAAGAUUUAUCACUAUUUCUUUUUGGAUUCAUAGAUCUGGUUUUAGACGUUUGAUUGCGAUCGCUUCGGCAAAUUUCAAGAGGUUGGAGUUUGAUUAUUUUUUAAUCACCUUGAAGGACUUCACUAUAUCGAUUUCAUGUCCUGUGUCACGGAGAUUUCUUACUAUGGCACUGCUGAAUUCUUUUAAUCCAUUUGAUCUUAAAUUUUUCGGAAAAUGUUCCUGGAAUCGGACAUAGGCUCUCCUUUCUGUUCCAUCAAUGUAACUGCUUUGGCAGAUACAUGUAAAUUUAUACACACGAGUGGUGGUAACAUGAAAGGGAUUGUGUUAAAGAAUAUGUUGUAUUAGACAGGACAAUCAGUUUAGCUACAGGAUAAGUUCUUGUCAAUUCAGUUUUUGGUCUCAUUGAUUGACUCUGUGACAUCAUCACCAUUGACCUUAAGCAGUUUCUUUGGGUUUUUUAUCUCCACGUUUUUCAUAUUUCUCAAUAAAUUUCAGUGGGUAUCCGUUAUUCUCUAGACAUCUUUUAACAUCCAUAACUGCCUUUUCUGAUGUAUCGGCAGUACAUAUUCUUUCCCUUCUGUGAAAUAGUAUUUUGGCAAGUGCCUUUUUGUAACUGAUUAGUAAAGAGCUAUUGAAAUUGAGAUAAACCCCACUCCAUUAGUCUUUCUUAUAAACUGAGCGUUGAACUGUUCCUUUAUUUCAUUGCGACCCUGUCUCUAAUCCUUUUAUCUUUGUUUUUGUCUCAUCUUUUGAUAUACAUAUCUUACAUAGUCUUAUCGAUUUUGGUAUAUUUGUUUAUUUUCUCAUGUUGACUGAUUACCCAAUCACUUAUAAAUUUAAUGGAAAUUCCCACUUUGACAUUUGGUUAAAAAAAGAAUGAAUUGAGUAGUGACGUUAUGUAUUAAUUAUAUGAUGUUAUAAUAAUUGUAAAAUAGCAUUGAGCAGUUGGAAGAAACAGAAUUUCGAUAAUUAAAGUAAUUAUUUAAAAAUCAAGCAGAUGCUGCGUUGCAUAAUACAUAGAAAAACAAGGAACUAAUAAGAUAUUUUGAUGAAAGGUCAGUAUUUCGGGCCCAUAAAUGCCGUGGUACGGUUGAUAGUGGGGAGAAUCAGCUCUCCCCCUCGAAAUGCUCUCACAUGGCCACACGUAUACAACCACUUCAGGGAAUUCCUACUCACAGCUUUCUCGCGGCGCGAGUGCACUGUCACUUCGCUGUUUUAUUUUACUUUUCCUAAAUCAACGUUACGCGAAUCGUUAACUUUUCAUAUGGUUUCUCUUAAUAAGGACAUCUUCACCAUAACUUCGCUCUUCCAAAUUUUUCCCCAAAAAGUAUGUUGUAAAUUCUUUUUAUGUCUGAACACUUUUUGUGUUUUAUCUAAAGGACAAGACUUGUAACCGGAUGUAAUUUUUUUCUCCAGUAUAUAUUACGUUGAUAUUUGUUGUGUCAUUUUUAUUUACUUAUCAAAACAACUUUAAAGUCACGCCAAAUUAUUAAGAUAUAGUCAAACAAAAAUAUAAAUUCGAGUUUUCUUCGCUGUAUGUAACGUUCGAAACUCCAGUACACACUUAUCAGGGUCAGGUGUUUUAGUAUUUAUAUCUUUUUGUGAAAAUAAGUGUGAUCUUAAGUUAAACACACGAGUGUAUACUUAGUUUUCGAGUAUCAAUCGAAAUUUUUCUAUCAGAGCAGAGAUAUCUCAUGCAAUUAGUUCACUUUAUGAAUGUAAAUAAAGCAAGAACAAAUCUUGAUGCAGAAUAGUAUGAAUUCACAAUAUUUCGAGGUUUCUCGUCAUCUGCUAACAACCGAAAAUGUGAUAAAAUUUUUACAUUGAGAUAGUGUGAAACAAUUGACAUAAAUGAGUGUAAAUAACUGGAAUACAGUUGACCGGUUAGCUAAUAUAAAAUAUUUUGCUUAUAUUUGUAAAUAGUUUCUCAUACACCAUAAUACUCACUCUAUUUAUCACAUAUACUACCAUAUCUCUUUCUGUAGACUGAUAUCAGAGAGAAAUUAUUAAAAGCAAAGGAAUACCUAAUAACUGGUAUGAGGUUCAUUUAUUUAUUUAUUUUAACACAU